AUGAGGAAUCAGCAAAUUCCUGCAAGUAGGGUAAAUGACUUGUGUGCUGGAAUAGGUGCUUCCUGCACGGAGCCCAGGUCUCAAUUGUCUCAUUUCAUCAAAAGAAGAGAUCCCAGUGACACAUGGACCAUGAACCAAGCAGCUGACGCCACAACGAAAGUGUACAUGUUCCACACGCUGGACAACAGUAAACACAAAGAUGAAGGUAAGCAUUUUAUUUUUUCAUUUGUUUAAAAUGACUCCCCCCCCUAUUUGCAGCUCAAGCCUUGUGUGCUUUCACAAGGCAAAUACCUUCAAUGAUGACCGUCACAAUCAGAUUGUGCAGAAAUAAAUAUCAUACCUUGUACUCGUAAUAAACUAUGGAGAUUACAUAUACUAACAUGAACGCUAUUUGGAUUAUGGUUAUGCUUGCCUACACCGCAAAGCCAAAGUUAAACAUUUUUAGAACCCAUUUAUUCCAGUGAUUUAGGGUGAAAUCCUGUGCACUUUAACUCAGAUUAGAAGAGUAUGCUGUGCUCUCGUUGCAUUGAGGGUGAUGGUUUCUUCCUGACUGGAGUCCAUGCUUAACUCUUCCAUUGAAAUCAAUAGGAUUUAAAAGUGUUUCAUGUUGACUAACUUAGCCCUGUAUACUUUACUGUUGCAAUUUCAUUUAUCCAACAGGGCAACCCUGACUUUCAGUCCUCAAGUUACUUUGAGAGAAAGCUUGCUUUAUUUAUCUAUAAAUUAUAUCAAUCAUCUUUCCACUGAAAAGGUUGUAUUUCAGUAACUGAGCACAAACUGUGCACACAAGAAGUACAGUAUUUUUCGCUCUAUAAGACGCACCAGACCACAAGACACACCUAGUUUUUGGAGGAGGAAAACAAGAAAAAAUAUAUUCUGAAUCUCAGAAGCCAGAACAGCAAGAGGGAUCGCUGCGCAGUGAAAGCAGCAAUCCCUCUUGCUGUUCUGGCUUCUGUGAUAGCUGCGCAGCCUGCAUUCGCUCCAUAAGAUGCACACACAUUUCCCCUUACUUUUUAGGAGGGAAAAAGUGAGUCUUAUAGAGCAAAACAUAUGGUACCCAGUUUCAAUUGCCAGCAUCUCCAGAAAGGGAAGGGAAAACUUCGGAAACCCAUGAAAUCUACUGUCGGUCAAUACAAAUAAUACUGUGCUAGAUGGACCAGUAAUAAGUUGCCACAAGCCACAGGCAUCUAAAGCAGCAUGAUCUGGUGCAAUAGGAAUACUCUAAAGAUCAUGGUUUGCGUAUUAUGGCUUGCCCAAGGCUACUCAAUCAGUUUUAUGCCUGAGUGGGGUUUUGACGCUUGACCUUUCACAUUCCAGCUCAUCUCCACCUGCUGCACCUCUUUGGUUCUAGAAUAAACUACACAUGCAUUUGCAUGAUUUGUCUUGCUUCUUGUAUUAUUUUUUCAGUGAAAGUGAUUUUUUUUUAAAAUAAAAAAACUUGAUCAGUGGACAAGGAAUAAAAUGGAACCGUUGGGAACCUCUAAAGUGCCAAUAGGUUUAUGGUUUUGAGUCACCACCUGCACGAUUGCAACCUUUUCAACAACAACGAGAACUAGAUGCCUUAAAAAUUGAAACUUGACAUUCUUCUGAUUACCUUCUAAUUAGGAUGAUGAGAUUAGUAGAGUCUGUUUUUAACAGCCAGAAAUACAGUUAUCUAUGUGGAAAGUGCUUAACAAUGGAAAUUUAAAGAGGAUGGAUAUACGGUACUCUUUUUCUUCAGCUCUUCUUCGUUUAAACACUUUAUGGAUUGGCAUUGCCCAUUUUCUAUGAACCCCUCAAUCCAUUUUGCUAUGUCAGGGAAAUUGACAUUUGCUCAGAAGAUUCAUCUGCCUCUUCAAAUGUUAAUCUGUUCUUUCAUCAUUGCCAAGCACCAACUUCUAUUAAAUAAUAAUAAAUAAUAAUAAUAAUUAUUAUUAUUAUUAUUAUUAUUAUUAUUAUUAUUAUUUAUUUAUGCCCCGCCCAUCUGGUUGGGUUUCCCCAGCCGCUCUGGGCGGCUUCCAACAGAAUAUUAAAAUACAGUAAUGCAUCAAACAUUAAAAGCUUCCCUAAACAGGGCUGCCUUCAGAUGUCUUCUAAAAGAUGUCUUCUAAAAUGUCCUAGAUAUUUUGCAGCACAUGUGCCCAUUUAUGAUUGUACUGCUAAAUAUGUCUUUUCCUUCUCUUCCAAGGUGUUUAGAACAGCAUAGGUUGGAUAUCCACAACAACUCUGUGAAGUAGUUUAGGUUAGCCCAAAGAUACCCAAUGGGGUUCACAGAUAAGGAAGAAUAGCCCAGUUGCACUAAGUUGAAAACCAGUAUAGUGCAGGAGGUAGGGUCUCAGACUAGACACAGUGACACCCAGCUUUAAAUUUCUCUUGGCUAUGAAGCUCACUGUGAUUUGUGCAAUGAUAGAAUAUUUUGGCUCCCUAAUUGUUUGAUGACGCUUGGGACCAAUUGUAUGGUGCCAACUUUUUCUAGACUUAUGGUACCUCGUUAUAGUAUAUAUUUGAGAUCUCUCAGCAUGACAUGAUAAGCUGCAAUGCAAGGUCAAAGUUAAAGUCCUAGUGAUCCUGUAGAUGUCAGAGUCUUCCCUGUUUCAUGUCUGGCAUGAACUCUGUGAUCUAGUGGCCCAGUUGGUGCUGCCAGAGCGUCUCUGAUUAAAUGAUGAUGUUCUGAUGCAGCAUCCAAAAAUAUCUCCAAUCGUUAGAAGACGACCUGUUCUCCCAAACACUUCAUUAAGCAUUUCAGUUGACAGUGUUCGUUGCCUGCCAAGUGUGAAUAUACUGCAAAUUUCAUCAUAUAUCGCAGCAUAUCCCUUUCUAUAUUAAUUAUUAGGGUUUUCAUGCUGAAGGAUCUAAAUUCUUUAGCAUCAAAUUUUUAAAGUAUGCUUUAAAAAUAAUGUCAUAGUUGCUCUUCAACCUUCACCUUUGCCAAAUGUUGCUGGACUACAACUGCCAUCACCCCUAACUUUUGGAUUUGAUGGCUAGGGAUGAUGGGAAUUGUAGUGCGACAACAUCUAGGGUACCCCAGGUUGAAGAAGGCUUGGGUACCCCAGGUUGAAGAAUUUCAAAGCAGCACCAAGCUUCCGAACCCAAUAAAUGUCCUUUAUUUCAGUUGCAUUGUAUUCCAAUCGUGCCAUAUUUUUGACGUUUUGGUCUAGCAACCCUAAAUGUCCCUUACAAUAUAAGGUUACAAUAUAUGAUGUAAUCAAUAGUGUAGUCACACAUGAAUGAGAAGUAAUAAUAGUCUUUACCUUGCGAUAAGUUUAAUUACCAUCUCUAAAAUAAACCCUAUUGUCUGUGUCGCUACAGGUUUAGGCAAGUUGUGCUUUCAGCUCAAAGGCUUUAGUGAGAUUCUUGGCAACAAUGUAGGUGUCGGUAAAACGAGCUAAACAUAUACUAUUUCACAAACUACCAGCAGCUAAUGCACUAAAGUGCCUGAAUACCUGCUAAAUGUAAAAGUAAUCAGAGCUAUUUUUGAAAAGGGGAUGGCUUCUCUACAAGCUGAAUGGGAACGGAACCAAGAUGGUUAUAAAUUGUAAUCAAUUUAUGAGAGUAUUUCAAGUUUAGACUGGAAAUUAAUGAGCAGUUCUGUAUUUAUUUUAUACAUAUAUACCUUAUCAUUUGAUGGCUGUGGCGGCUUACAUAAAACCAUAAGCACAUAAAUUAAUAGGGGAGAUAAACUCAGCAGCAGCAGCAGAACAGUAAAGUGAAAUAUAUUAAAUAUUCAAUCAUCAAAGCAGGCCAUGAAUACACAGCAACCAGCUUAGUUUCAAAACGGGAAUGUUGAAAAGUUUAGUGUUGUUUCUUACUAUCUUUAAUUUAAAAAGAAAAAGAAAGGCACCACUAUUAGACCAAAGAAAGUAGCAUGCAUUGAACAGAAUGCUAAAUAUGGGCUUAUCUACACUUUCCCUGCUUUCCCUGGGGGGAAACUGCUCUUUAGCGCUCAGUUUGAGCAAAAGGCAAUUCCAGUUUCCCUUAGAUUGCCAUUUGUUCUGAUCUAUUGCUAAAGAGCAAGUUUCCCCUUGGAAAGGAGUUGGGCAAGUGGAAAACCACCAGGACGUGUGCCUAGAAAGCAAUCUAUUUUUCCUGACAACCAUACACAAGAGCUUCAUGAAGGACAUGAAAGAAAACAAUGUACUUCUCUGAUCCUAAGGCUGUGAUCCUAUGCACCAUGUACUCAGAAGCAAGCUCUAUUGAAGUGUGUGGCUUACUUCCAAGUAAAUGUGUUUAUGGGUGGGGGGAAAGAUGCUCGAUUUUUAUCACAUGGCAGGUCUUUUGGAAGUGUCCCCACUUGAAAUACCUUUCCUCUGAAAGGUAAGGUCAAGCUCUGAAAAAGCCAGCUCCACAUAUUUGCAUCAGAAGUCAGCUAUAGAUGAUGUCGAUUGGUUGGCAGCUGUGAUAUCUAAAAGCUACCUCUCCAAAGUGAGUGAGUUGGCAAAACUGAUGGCUGAAUCAGCAUUUGAUUUGCUGAUGUGUGUGUCUGUUAUUUCAUCUGUGAAGCUGGUAGGAAGCCUGUGUUGGUCAUUGGGCUGAAUGAUUUCCAUUUUUUUUGUUUUCAAAAUACUGGUCCUUUGGGGAAACCCAAUGGAUAAGGCCGGGAUAGGUGGAACACUGGAGACAAGGCAAGAUUUGGUAGGUUCUGGGUAGAGGCUGGAAGAACCUGGUUGGUCUGGGACAGAACCAGAAAGGAACCUGAUAGCUUAGGAGUGGAGGCAGAGUAGAACAUGCCAUUUGCAAGCUUUCAGCCUCUGAUGCUGGUUACCAAACAAAAGACAUUGGGAGGAAUGCAGUGUAGUUCUAAUGAGAAAGUUUUGUCACUGCAAGGAUUUCUGCUUGCACAACGUUCUCCCCCUCUCCAUUCCCUGUGUGCCCCUAAAUGUGCUCUAGAUUCCAUCAACCAUCUGGAGCAGAUCUGGGGAGUGCCUGGGGUGGCCACAGGGGGGAAAGAGGGGAGAAGUUCAAUUGUGCAAGUGGAAUGGUAAGAUUCUGCCCAGAUGGCAUUGAGGGUGGCCCCUUCCUUACCAUAAUAUAAAAAAAAAAAAGGAGACAGAUCUGCAUAAGAUAUGUGCUAAUACGGAUGUUUAAGUGCAACUUUAUAAAUAAUUUCUGUAAUUAAAAGAGCAAUAUCUCAUCCUAGUUUAAUGUAUUUUUAACCUUCUGUUGAAAGCCGCCCAGAGUGGCUGGGGAAACCCAGACAAAUGGGCGGGGUAGAAAUAAAUUAUUAUUAUUAUUAUUAUUAUUAUUAUUAUUAUUAGUUCAGGUUGGCUGCUUGCUCUCCAGGUGUUAAAUGUUGAUAGGCAACUUACUCUCUCUUCUUAAAGUUUUUUAUGUCUAGGCUGGACCCAACAUCCUUUCAAAUAGAGGGCUUUUCCUCUGUGAAGUAUGGCACAUGGCUAAUCUACCCAGCUUCCAUAAGUGGGAACUGGGGACUGUUCAACAAAAGACGAGCACAAGUAUAUAGGCUAAAGGAAAUUUUAAAUCAGUGUUUAGCUCACCUCUGAUCUUAGGGCUCCAAGGUCUAGUGGGGACUUCUUAUCCAUUCUUCUUUAAUCUGCUUUCAGCUCUCCAUUACAGUGCUUGAGUUAUAGGGGGAGAUAGAUAAGGUAAAGGUAAAGGGACCCCUAACCAUUAGGUCCGGUCACGGACAACUUUGGGGUUGCGGUGCUCAUCUCGCUUUAUUGGCCAAGGGAGCCGGCAUACAGCUUCCGGGUCAUGUGGCCAGCAUGACUAAGCCGCUUCUGGCGAACCAGAGCAGCGCACGGAAACGCCGUUUACCUUCCUGCCGGAGCAGUACCUAUUUAUCUACUUGCACUUUGACAUGCUUUCGAACUGCUAGGUUGGCAGGAGCAGGGACCGAGCAACGGGAGCUCACCCCGUCGCGGGGAUUCGAACCGCCGACCUUCUGAUCGGCAAGUCCUAGGCUCUGUGGUUUAACCCACAGCACCACCCGUGUCCCUUUUGGGAGAUAGGUAGGGAACACUAAAUGAAACCCACUAACUCCACACCCCAUGCAACUUUAUUGAAAACAGUAGCUGAGGGGGCCACGCACCACCUUGGCCGCUGUAUCAUUUAAGCACUGCUCCCUCACCAUAGCUGUGUCAUGCUAGGGUCUUCAGCCCAAUAUUCUUGUGAACUGGACCAAAUUCAUGAACAGCUGCUUCAGUUUAACAAACCCUUAACAUGCUUGAACUCCGGCACUGUUCUUACUAACAGCUGGAACGCACACCGCGGUCACCACGAGAGAUGCCAAAGAAAGCAGUUUAGCUGCUGUGAGCAUCCUCAGCUCUCAAUAUGUAACAUAUUGUGACACUCAGCCCACUUCUACAAGGAGGACUGUUCAAUUUUCUGUUAUUUCAGUUUCUGAUUUCCCCAAUCGUAAAUUCAGUUCCACAUAUUUCUGCAGAAUUUCUAUGUUUGCUUUUAAAAAAAAUCCUUAUGGAAAUUCAUCAGCAUUGUAGUGCAAGUUCCUCGCAAUAAGGUUUUCUUUUGUGUUUAGUUUUAACAAAUAUGCACAUUUUGCAAACAACUUCCCCUAAUAUAAAUGCAUUUUUGUACAUUAUUUUUACCAAUAUAUGCAUUUAUAUGCACACCACCCCAAUACAUGCUUUUUGGUACGCAAUUCUUAGUUGCAGAACUGCAUUGCAAAAUUCGUGAAAGUGUGAUUCGUGAAGUGUGGCUGUGUUUUGAUUUGCUUACUGUUUUAGUGCAACUUUAGUGCAAUCACCUUUAAAGGCAAGGUGAACCAAAUUCCACCCCCUCCCUAUCACCAAAUACUGAAUAGUUUCAGGGUCAAACAGCACUUACCCUGAGUUUGGUUCCCGUGGAAGGAGGUCACUGGAGGCUUAUUAGAAUUUUGUAAUGUUUACAAAUAUAGAGGUUGGGUACAAGUGGAGGAAUAGCUUAAACCAGGGAUGUAGAGCCUGUGCUCCUCCAGAUGUUGCUUGACCACAACUCCAACCAUCCUUGACCAUUAGCCAUAUUGGUUGAUGCUGGUGGAAGUUGGGUUUAGCGCAGGGUUUCCUAAACUUGGGUCUCCACUUGUUUUUUAAAAACUACAACUCCCAUCAUCCCUAUCUAGUGGGACCAGUGGUCAGGGAUGAUGGGAACAGUAGUCCAAAAACAGCUGGAGACCCAAGAUUGGGAAACCCUGGCUUAGUGCUAUGUAUAAACCAGGCUAACAAAUCACUAAUAAAAUUAAUAUAAAACCAAGAUAAGACAGCUCAUGCGCCCAAAAAAGCAUACUAAAACAACUCUACACAGCCAUGUCUUCCAAACACUUCAUAAAAUAAAAAGGCAAGCAGGUUUCUUAAUGAGCUACUUUUGGACUGGGAGUUCCAUGCCCAAAGUACUGCGAAAACGAUCUUUGUUUUUUUGGAGAAUAGGAAUGCAGAGAGAAAGUCUGAGCAGCACAGGUGUAAAUUGCACUCCUCUUUAUUCUCUGCUAAAGCAGCCUUCCCAAGCAUGAGUGGCCCUGAUGGGUAUUGUAGUUUUAAACAACUUGAGGGCACCUGGUUGGGGAAAGCUGCAACCAAAGAAAAUGUGUUUGCUGCAGGCCAGGGUGCAUACAAUAUAUUUAUGUAAAGGAAGGGGUGGGGGGACAAAACAAGAGCCCUGUUAUGCCAGGAUUGUUUACAAGGCUGGCUUUAUUUACGAGCUCUGGUCUUCUUUUGGCAGAAAGGAGUGGGUUAUUCCAGUCCCACCAGCCAGAGGCGGCCUAUUUGGCAGGCUUCUGCAGUGACUUUUCCAGCAGCCUCCUGCACUCAAAGUAGCUGAGCUGCUCAGGACUGGAGCAAUCCGGUCUCAACCAGUUUUGAAACCAGCCUGCCGAGAGUGUGCGUCCUGCUGUUGUUCAGGAGGAGGAGGAGGACUAGGAGGAGCAGCCCCUGUAUCCUUUGCCUCCACCCCUUUCCUUUGCCUCGUUCACUGCCUUUUGCUCCCUAUGGGUCCUCGUAGGGCGGAGUGCCUCUGUGAGCGACUGUGCCUGUUUGUGGACGACUCCUGCUUUUGUCAACAGAAGAGAUCAGGCCACGUGUCUCUUCUGCCUCCCUUAAAACUGGCUGAUAGUCUCAGAUGGCUGCCAAGUGAGCUGGCACUGUUAGAAGGAGAACAGUCCUUUCUAUUUGCUUCCAUCUGUCCCACCAUAGUUUCAUUCUGCAGCCAUCACUAAAGCGCUUUUCUUCUCCCCAUGCACAUGAGAUGUUCUCAUUCUGGAACAAAGAUUCACUCCAAAUGCAUAUUAAGGCUAUGCUUGCUGUAGAAGCUCAGUGGGAGAGCAUUUGCUCUGCAUGCAGACGGUCCUAAUUUAAAUCCUGGGCAUUUCCAGGUAUGGCCGGGAGAGACCUAUGUCUGAAACGCUGGAGAGCCACCUCCCAGACCUCUGGGAGCCAACAUGGUGUCCUCCAGAUAUGGAUGGACUGCAGUUCCCAUCACCCCCAGCCAGUAUGGCCAUUGGUUAGGGACGAUAGGGAUUGUGGUUCAAUGACAUCUGGAAAGCAACAGGUUAGCUACCCCUGGUAUAAACAAUAGCGAACUAGAUGGACCAAUAAUCUGAUUCAUUAAAAAUCAGCUUCUUGUGUCCCUGUCAGCGAGGUUUAGAAAACAGAAGCAAGCCCAAUGGAGAGGAAAAUAGCCAUGUGGGUGUGUGGGUGGGAAUAUUUGCAUGGGAGAAUCAGCUGACAACACAGUACAUAUAGAUAUAGAUGCAUUGGACUUGCCUCACUGUUUUGGUCAUCUGGGGUCACCUCCUUACAUGCUAGGUUGUCUCAAGACUGGGUUGUUGUUGUUUCUUACGGGGUAAAAAUUAUAAAAUUAUUUUAGGGUUGCCAUAUUUCAAAAAGUGAACAUCUGGACACAAAAGUUGUUGAACUUUUUUUGGGCAAAGUUGUUGUUGUUUUGCAAAAUAUCAAAAAAACGCUGAUUUUCCUGGACAUAGCAUCAAUUUCCGCUGAAUCCUGCUUCCAAAGGCCAAAUCCCAGCUAUGUCCAACCCUAUAUAACCUCGGCAACGCUAUAUAACCUUGAUGCUUUCGUGAGCUCGCAAAUGUGGGCUUUAACUAUAAUAUAAAAUGUGCUGGCAGGUUUGUGCCUGUAUGUUUCCUGGCUUGGCCCAAGACUGUUUGCAAACGGUAGUCUUGUUUCCGGUAAAGGUGCACAGUACCCAAAGCCAGCCAACUUAAUUUGGCACCUGGGGUUGAAAAUUCCACAACACCUCUCCUUUUCCCUGGCUGUUAAAAAUAUACAUACACAAUAAUAAUACUCUAAACAACUAGCAGUUUACUGCCAUGUUUCAGUUGCUCACACUGUGGUGAGAUGUUUUGCAUUUCUUUCUAAAUUAGAGAAAUCAUGGACUGGAUGCUAUUGUUAUCAUGCAUUCUGGAUGAUUUGUGCUACUGGGGUGGUCAUACCAGAUACCGCUUUCCAUAUACUUUGCACCUGCAGAAAUUUUGGGAAGGUCACACUGCUUCGUUUCCAGUCUGUGCAUAUCCCAUAGCUUCCUGCUGAGACCCUGCCACGUUUUAUACCAUAAAUCUUUUGGUUCACUUUUGUUCCACUUUUGUUCUGCUAUAGGCAGCAAUAAUGAGGUGGCGUUGGGGAUGUAUCACAGCAGAAAAAAAUAAAGGAGAAGAAAUCCACCACUAAUGUACUAAUGCAUUGUGCGAAGAAUAUGUUGCAGAAUGCACCAACAAUACGCCAGUGGUCUGGAGGGGCUCUGUUUCUAUCUUUGCACCAAUAUGCAUGUUAGCAUAUGAAAAUUUAAUGUGCCCUCUGUUUUGAUAAUACAUUUCCUUUUGGGAGUAAUGUAUAAGUGGCUACCCUAGACAUACGUGUUUCCUCCUACCCACCCUGACUAGAAUAAAUCCUUUACUGUUUAUAACAUACUGUGAUAUCUUAGUCUCCUGAUUUUUCUGCCAGUCAGAAAUGCAGCCACUCAGAAACACUCCCUCAGUUCCUCCCAGAUCUGAGCUUUCAGCUAUUGCAACAGUUUGUUUUCCCCUGCUCCUAAUUCUGGCACAGAACAUUUCUGAUCCUUGCCAGCUUCCUACGGCCUUCCAGCUUUUAGUAAACAGUCAUUCUCUCAUGAUUGUCCAAAGUGAGUCUGUUAUUUGGUUUCCCACAUCCUUUUUUUCCUUCCCUUUAUUUUGUUUCGUUUCGUUAGUGCAAUAUGUUUUAAAGUCACAAGGCUAAAGCGUUUCUGCUUUUCCAUGAUAAAAAUGGGUGGUCCCAUCUAAUGCUUGAACUUUAGCCUUCCUAAAGAAAGCCGGAGGAAGAGACCACUGGGAAAGAUGAUAGAAUUUGUUCUUGUUAAAAGAAAACUCUGAAUGAUGAGGCUAGUAAGCCUUGUAGGUAAGCAUGGGGGGCCCUGCAGACUUCUGGAUGUUGUCAGACUCCAACUCCCAUCAUCCCUGAAUAUCAUUCCAUGCUGGUUGAAGGAAUUGGAAUCCAACAGCUGCUUUAGGUUCCCCGCAGCUUCCCCAUUCUAGUUUUCAGGUUACAGUCAAAGAUAAGAACACUGUAAGGCAUCUGCAAUGGGCUGGGCACUACUGCCCUCUGCUGAGUUUGAGCAGCACCAGAACUGCUCUAGCCUAAGUAGACACAGUAGAGAAAUCUGAUUCAGGUCGCGAUUGAAGGAGAGCAUGCCAAAGUCACUCUUUGCAAAAUAAUACACAAACCCUUCAGAACCUCUUCUUCUCUGAAGUUUUGCAAAGCAACCAAGUAAUGUAUCUAAAAAUGCAUAGGCCCACAGAGCAAGGUGUGCAUAAAAUUGCACAUAUUGUUGAAAAUACAUUAUAUUAGUAUUUUCUACAUGUUUUCCUUUGCAAAAAAAUUGUGUGUACAGUGGUAUCUCGGGUUACGUACUUAAUUCAUUCCAGAGGUCCGUUCUUAACCUGAAACUGUUCUUAACCUGAAGCACCACUUUAGCUAAUGGGGCCUCCUGCUGCCACCAUGCCACCGGAGCACGAUUUCUGUUCUCAUCCUGAAGCAAAGUUCUUAACCCGAGGUACUAUUUCUGGGUUAGUGGAGUCUGUAACCUGAAGCGUAUGUAACCUGAAGCAUAUGUACCCCGAGGUACCACUGUAUAUUAGGAGAAAUUCGCACUAAAAUGCACAUGGAUUUUUGUGAUUUUUUAAAAAAAUGCAGAGUGAUGUGGAAAUGCGGAGAACGAAACUUAAAAUUGGAAAAAGGAUAAAAUGAAAUGGACAUAUCCUCCCAUUUCUAACCAUCUUCAGCUACUUAUGUCUACUACUUUAAAAAAAAGAAUUAAUUUUACUCCAGGUCAAGGUGGUUUGCAUAUUAGAAUGCAAGUUGCUACAGAGAACAUAAAAAGGACUGAUGUCGCAGACAUUUGGGUUUAAGAGUCGUACUUCAGAUUUCACCCUGAAGCACCUACAUCCUGCUGCAGGAGCUUUAAAACUAUGUGGGUUGACAAAUUGAAGAGGAUUCCCUUCAUUUGGCUGAGACCAGACAGUAUCUGAGAGUGUGUGUAUGCAUGCAAACUGCCUUAUAUAUUAGAUCCCGGCAGAAGCACUUGUCAUUGGAAGAGCAGAUGAGAAUGAAAGCUCCCUUCUGAUUUUUCGACAUAUUAAUACUAACAAAAACAAAGGCAUUUUUAAGACCAUAAGAUGAGCCUCCCUGGAUCAGGCGCCAAAGGCCCAGCUAGUUCAACAUCCUUGCCAUGCACUUGACACACUGUUCCUGACUCUACGUGGGGCUACCUUUGAAGGUGACCCGGAAACUACAACUAAUCCAGAAUGCGGCAGCUAGACUGGUGACUGGGAGUGGCCACCAAGACCAUAUAACACCAGUCCUGAAAGACCUACAUCGGCUCCCAGUGUACGUUUCCGAGCACAAUUCAAUGUGUUGGUGCUGACCUUUAAAGCCCUAAACGGCCUCGGCCCAGUAUACCUGAAGGAGUGUCUCCACCUCCAUCGUUCAGCCCGGACACUGAGGUCCAGCGCCGAGGGCCUUCUGGCAGUUCCCUCACUGCGAGAAGUGAGGUUACAGGGAACCAGGCAGAGGGCCUUCUUGGGAGUGGCACCCACCCUGUAGAAUGCCUUCCCAUCUGAUGUCAAGGAAAUAAAUAACUAUCUGACUUUUAGAAGACAUCUGAAGGCAGCCCUGUUUAGGGAAGUUUUUUAUGUUAGAUGUUUUAUUGUGUCUUUAAUAUUCUGUUGGGAGCUGUCCAGAGUGGCUGGGGAAAGCCAGCCAGAUGGGCAGAGUAUAAAUAAUAAAUUAUUAUUAAAAUUAUUAUUAUUACUCUACCAUCUGAUGAAAUGGGACGUCUGAAUGCUACACACAGUUGAGCAUGCAUAGGCAAAUACCAAAUGCCUGAUUUAUUGCUUUCCUGCAGUGCUGUGCAUAGUCACUUCCCCACUGGGCUAUAAUAUUAUUUCAUGUUAUAAUUAACAACCCAUUCCACAUUUUUGCAGCUGGUUUUAUGAGAACAGAAUAUAUUUGAUUGCAUAGGUUUUGUAAGGAGGAUCCCAGAUACUCUGGAGACUAUUCAUAUAUGCACACAUAUACUGUACACUGAAAGAUUAAAUAUAUCUUAUAAAUAUUUUUAAAUACCCUGGAAAGGAAGUAUCCAAUCUGUAUUUGGCAACUAUUUCAGAAUGUUCCAACAUUAAAUGGAUAUGCUAGCUAAGCCAAGCUCUAUAUAAAGUUUCUUAACUGUCUGUGUGGUGAAUUGAUGAAUAUUUUAAUAAGUUUCACUUGAGCAAUGUUCAUAUAAAUUAUACAAGCUUGUGGGGUGGCUUCACAAAUUAUACCUUUGUGGGGUGCAGUCAAAUCUAUCUCUGUUUUUUUAAACAUGCGGUUAAGUUAUCAAUAACUACCUCCACAUGCAGAAUUCUGCCUCUGUGCAAUUUGACUGAGCUGUAAUCAUUAACAGCUUAGGAGAAAUAGUUCAUUAUUCCUUUUCUUUAAAUAGAGUUGCAUAUAUACCAAACUGUGGUUUGUUUAAAGAUGGGUAUAUGGGCCAUAAUUGCAUCCUUGCUCAGUUUUAACCCUGCCGUUACAUCUAUUAAGUUACUUUUAGGAAGAUGAAGAGAAGCACCUAAAAUUGCUUGCUGUUGAUUUGAGAACAACACUUACUAUCAUUAUCAUUAUUAAUUAAAUUCAUAUUCUGCCCUUCCUCCCAUAGGGGCCCAGGGCAGCAAAAACAUUAAUUGAUACACCUAAAAACAUCUGGAAAUAGUUUCAAUACAGAUGCAGACUGGGAAAGGGACAGCACCUGUCUAAUAUUUAAUAAGAGAGAAUUUCACAUGGUAGGUGUCAGGACACUAAAGGCCCAAUUCCUAUAGUGCAUGGGUAGGCAAACUAAGGCCCAGGGCCAAAUCCGGCCCAAUCGCCUUCUAAAUCUGGCCCGCAGGCGGUCUGGGAAUCAGCGUGUUUUUACAGGCGGUCUGGGAAUCAGGUGUCCUUUUAUUUAAAAUGCAUCUCUGGUUUAUUUGUGGGGUCUGCCUGGUGUUUUUACAUGAGUAGAAUGUGUGCUUUUAUUUAAAAUGCAUCUCUGGGUUGUUUGUGGGGCAUAGGAAUUCAAUCAUAUUUUUUUCCAAAAUAUAGUCCGGCCCCCCACAAGGUCUGAGGGACAGUGGACCAGCCCCCUGCUGAUAAAGUUUGCUGACCCCUGCAAUAGUGUGUUGAAUGGAUCACCUGCUAAAAUGGUAUCUGCAGAAGGUCCUAUAGAGGAUGUUGAAAUAGAAUAGUUUUGUAUGACAUGGAAAUCAGACAUUUGUGCAGGCUUCCCAUGCCGUUGAGUGAGGAUGAAAAGAGGGUGCAUGCAUGGGACACACUCCCAAAGAGAAGCCAGAGGCAAUUAGGGCAAGAAACCUCGAAUAAAAUUUAAGAUAUUAACAGAUGCUAAAGAAAGAGGUGGAUUUGCCCUGCCAGACCUUAAACUUUAUUAUGAAUCAGCCGCAUUUUGUUGGCUGAGAGAAUGGAUGCUUCUUGAAAACACGGAUGUGUUGGAUUUGGAAGGUUUCAACAACGUAUUUGGUUGGCAUGCAUACCUGUGGUAUGAUAAGGUUAAAGUACACAAAGCGUUUAAAAACCAUAUUGUCAGAAAAGCACUGUAUAAUGUUUGGAUAAGUUAUAAGGACUUGUUAGAAAAUAAAACCCCAAGAUGGUUGUCACCAAUGGAAGCAAAGGCUCAGAAAAAACUCAAUAUGGAGGCCAAAUGGCCGAAGUAUUGGGAAAUCUUGGAUCAAGAGGGAGACAGAUUAAAAUUGCAGAGUUUGAAAAAUUAAAAAACAGAAUACGAGAUUGGCUCCAUUAUUACCAAAUAAUGGAGGCAUAUAAUUUGGACAAAAAAUUAGGCUUCCAGGUGGAAAAAUCAAAAUUGGAAACAGAAUUGUUAGACCCUAAAGUUAAGAAUUUGUCAAGAAUGUAUAACUUGCUGUUGAAAUGGAAUACUCAAGAUGAAACGGUGAAAUCUGCUAUGAUUAAAUGGGCACAAGAUGUUGGACAUAAUAUUAUGAUGGCUGACUGGGAACAGUUAUGGACCACUGGUAUGAAGUUUACGGCCUGUAAUGCCUUAAAAGAGAAUUUAAUGAAAAUGAUUUACAGGUGGUACAUAACACCAGUCAAGCUUGCAAAAAUUUACCAUUUGCCCGAUAAUAAAUGUUGGAAAUGUAAUGAAACUGAAGGUACAUUCUUUCACCUUUGGUGGACAUGUCCAAAGAUUAAGGCAUUCUGGGAGAUGAUCUAUAAUGAAAUGAAAAAGGUAUUUAAAUAUACCUUUCUGAAGAAACCAGAGGUCUUUCUCCUGGGCAUGGUCGGCCAAUUGGUGCCAAAGAAGGAUAGAACUUUUUUCAUGUAUGCCACAACAGCAGCAAUAAUACUUAUCGCAAAGCACUGGAAGACACAAGAUCUACCCACCAGGGAAGAAUGGCAGAUGAAGCUGAUGGACUACAUGGAACUGGCGGAAAUGACUGGCAGAAUCCGAGACCAGGGAGAAGAGUCGGUGGAAGAAGAUUGGGAAAAAAAUUAAAGUAUAUUUACAGAAAUAUUGCAAAAUUAAUGAAUGUUAGAAGGAUGCUGGAACGAAGUUAUAUGGCUUUAGCAGAAAUGUUAUAAAGAAUUAAGUAAAAAUAGAUUGUUAAUGGACCAAAGUGGAAAAUUUAAGGUUAGAGUGUCUUAAGUUAAAUUUUAGAACGAAAAUUGAGAAAGAUGGAAAGGACUUGCUGAAAUAGCUAAUUGAACUAGAAUACAAAAAAGGGAGGUGUGAGGAGGUCGAUGAAACAAGUAUAUGAAAGGUAAAGACAUGGAAAGGCUGGAUGUGUUUUUAAAUGUUUUUGUUCUGUUUUUGUUUUUGUUUUAUUGUAUUGUAUUUUGUUUUUUCCUUUUUGUUUUUUUGGAUGUAUUGUAAGGUAUUGUUUUGUUUUGUUUAAUUUUCUAUUGUUCUUUUUUAAAAAAAAGAGAAGCCAGAGGCAAUGGACUCAGGCUGAAGCACAGGUUUCCACUGCAAAGGAAACCGGUGGGCCAAGAAACAGCCAAGCGAUUGGGUGGAUGUAUGUUAAUGUUGCACAGGUGGGGCAAAGGCACUUCUUUGAGGCUGAGAGGAUGAGCCACAACUUGUCCUUCAAGAUGAAUAAGUCGUUGUAAGAGGUGUUUCUGGGUGCUGUUUCCCUGCCACUUUCUGAGGCCCCAGUCAGGCAAAUGGCUGAAUUGGACCACACAUCCUAUGUUGAAACAAGGUGAUUACGGGGCAACUGGAGCACCAUCUAAGCUGCUCCUGCUACCAGAACCGUCCCUGUCAUUAGGCAAAGGUCCCAAACCUGUUUUGGAGAAUAGAAACAUCAAAGUACACAAUAACAAACACAUUUUCCCCCAUCUAGUACAAAGCUGCUUUAGAGAAUACAAAGGUAAAAGUAAGGUAAAGGUAAAGGGACCCCUGACCAUUAGGUCCAGUUGUGGCCGACUCUGGGGUUGCGGCGCUCAUCUCGCUUUAUUGGCCGAGGGAGCCGGCGUACAGCUUCCGGGUCAUGUGGCCAGCAUGACUAAGCCGCUUCUGGAGAACCAGAGCAGCACACGGAAAUGCUGUUUACCUUCCCACCGGAGUGGUACCUAUUUAUCUACUUGCACUUUGACGUGCUUUCGAACUGCUAGGUGGGCAGGACCUGGGACCGAGCAAUAGGAGCUCACCCCAUUGCGGGGAUUCGAACCGCCGACCUUCUGAUUAGCAAGUCCUAGGCUCUGUGGUUUAACCCACAGCGCCACCCACGUCCCCGAUAAUAAAUACAUUUUUUCAUCUAGUACAGCUGCAUCCCUGAAAGAUAACAGAAAAAGCAAUGGUGUGUAUUUGAAGAGGGCAUGGUAUCAAAAGAUGAAAUAUUGCGUUCCCAGAAUAGCUGAGUUCUGUUCAGGAAUCCCAAAUCAUUGAAAACAUGUUAUAUUUAUAUUGUGCAAAAGGAAACAUUAUUUGAAUUCACACACCGUUUAAUAUAGAGUCUUUCUUCUUUCCCAAGGCAGAUCCGUGAUUGCACAGCCCAUAUUUGUUUUCAAGAAGGAACGCCCUUGCAAGGUACGAACAGAAGCCUCCCCUUCUUGCAUUUCUCCUGAGAACACAUCUGGGGUGCAAGGUGGGAGGUACAGGACCUCAGCAGCAGGCCUAUGUGGAUUCAGCAGAGAGUCUGCAUGCAUAGAUACAUCUGUACACACCUGGGGCAGAUGUGCAAUCAGGAAUCAUGGAAAACCUGGGUUCCCAGUCAUAGUAGCAGAGUUUAGAACAGGGGUCAGCAAACUUUUUCAGCAGGGGGCCGGUCCACUGUCCCUCAGAAUUUGUGGGGGGCUGGACUAUAUUUUUUUGGGGGGGGGAUUAACAAAUUCCUAUGCCCCACAAAUAACCCAGAGAUACAUCUUAAAUAAAAGGACACAUUCUACUCGUGUGAAAACAUGCUGAUUCCUGGACUGUCCGCGGGCCUGAUUGAGAAGGUGAUUGGGCCGCAUCCGGCCCACGGGCCUUAGGUUGCCUACCCCUGGUUUAGAAGUUACAGUGGUACCUCUGGAUGCGAACGGGGUGCAUUCUGGAGCCCCGUUCGCAUCCUGAAGCGAAAGCAACCCGCAUCUGCGUAUGUGCGGGUCGCGAUUCGUUGCUUCCGUCAUUUUGAGCGUCUGCGCAUGUGUGAGUGGCGAAACCCGGAAGUAACGCGUUCCGUUACUUUUGGGUCGCCACAGAGCGUAACCUGAAAACGCUCAACCUGAAGCAUAUUUAACCUGAGGUAUGACUGUAUUGUGGUACCUCGGGUUACAGACGCUUCAGGUUACAGACUCCGCUAACCCAGAAAUAGUACCUCGGGUUAAGAACUUUGCUUCAGGGUGAGAACAGAAAUUGCGCGGUGGCGGCGCAGCAACAGUGGGAGGCCCCAUUAGCUAAAGUGGUGCUUCAGGUUAAGAACAGUUUCCGGUUAAGAACGGACCUCCGGAACAAAUCAAGUUCUUAACCCGAGGUACCACUGUACUCUGAAUGCAUGCAGAGCAGCGGUGGGGAAUCUCAGGUCUUGGGGGCAAAUGCAACCCUCGAGGUCUCUGCCCCCUGGAAGUCUUCCUAGGACACUCCCCUCUCCCCAGUCCAUGUCCCCUCGGUGACUGUGUUUUACACACUGAGUGUUUUUGUGUGGCUAGAAUAAGUUGUUAAGCUCUGUUAAUAUCUCUUGCUGGUCUGGAUGGAGGAGACAGAUGAAAGUGUGAGUGUGUGUAGAAAAUAGUCUAUUGCACAAGGCUAAGAGUCACAUUUGUUGCCCUGUCUACUUUUGCCACUGAGGUGGGGCUGAUGAAAACUGAUCUCCAGCAUCAUCUGUUCAUGAUCUAGACUGAGCCUCAGUUUCUGCUAUGCAUUCUGUUACACAUAUUUCCAGGGCCUGCAAAAACCAGUGUCCAACUAGGGGUCUCUCUUAAAAUACCUGACAUCUGGCAAUCCUCAACUGAGGGCUGACUACUCUCUUUUUCUGUCCAGAGGCCUGCAGAAGAUCCUGUGUGCAAGACCGAAAAAGGUAAUCAGGCGGCAAGAAUUAUCCUAGCUAAGAAAUGGGGAAAGCAAGGUUGAUUCCAAAUAGAAGAGUGGUAUAAAGAGGUGUGGGAUAUAGCGAUUAAUGAUAAAUUAACGCGUGCUGUCAAAGUAGGAAGGGGAACAUGGAAGAGAAAUGACUUUGAGGAGAUAUGGAAACUAUUUGUGGAAUUUGUAUUGUUAAAACAGAAAGGGGCCAAACCAUCUCAAGAAGUGUUACAUUUUUGGAAAGUAGGAUAAUUAUGAUAACUAAUGGCCUUGAGGGUGGGGUGCACAUUUUUAAAAUUAUUAUUAUUACUUUAUUAAAAAUAAAAUAAUAACAAUGUAUGUAUUUUUAAUGUAAUCAUUUAUUUUUGUUAAGAAAGCUUCCAACACCAUCUGGUUGUAAAGUACAUAGUAUCGUUUUUAUUUAACAGAUAGGUAUUCACCUUAGCCACCAACCCAGGGCACCAACAUGUUGGGAUUUCAGUUCCCACAACACAUCACCUAGAUUCAAUCCUCUGCCUCAGGAUUUUUCAUGCCAAUAAAUACCUGUAUUGCUUCUGGUUUGGCAGCAAAUCUGAUAUGGCAUCAAACCUGAGACUAAGCAGCUGCAUAUAUUCUUGUCCCUUUUUUUGGAAGUAGGGCCCCUGCACACCCAGCGCCUGCGUUCCUAUAAAAAAGAGCCAUAUCUACAAAACACGUUUUAGUCAGCCUUUUGAAUAAAGGGCUGUUCUCUGCCCUCUGCAAACCAGGACAUGUGAUUAUCUUAGUCAUCGGUGGGAUAUGGACAAGAGCGUGCUCUCUCUUGGACAGCUUCCUCAACACGCAAUAGAUUUUAAUUAUAAUUUAAUUAUUCAAAUAUAAUAUACUUGUAACCCUAGGAUAAUCUACCCUUGUUUAGGGAGAACCCUUGAUUUAUCAGCUGUCUUCUGACAAUCACAAGACAGCCUUAUUUAUUUAUUUACUAUUGCAUUUAUAGUCCAUCUUUUUUUCCAAGCAACUCAAGGUGACAUACACGGUUCUCCUGCUCAUCAUUUAAUCCCUGCAACAGUCCCGCCUCUCUCCACGUAGAGGACUGAUCACAUAGAUCCUUACCACCUGGGGGAAGUGGCAAGGAUCUUUUUUAUUUUAAUAAUAAUUGUAUUAAAGAUUUUUGGGGGGGGGGUUACAAAAGCACGUGCUUUGUCUCUUUUUUCAGGUUGUAGAGUCUUUAUUGUUUAUUUUAAUUUUUUUUUGCAUUUAUUUCCCACCUGUUUCUCCAAGGAGCUCAAGGUCUCAUACAGUGGUACCUCGGGUUACAUACGCUUCAGGUUACAGACUCCGCUAACCCAGAAAUAGUACCUCGGGUUAAGAACUUUGCUUCAGAAUGAGAACAUAAAUCGUGCUCCGGUGGCGCGGUGGCAGCAGGAGGCCCCAUUAGCUAAAGUGGUGCUUCAGGUUAAGAACAGUUUCAGGUUAAGAACAGACCUCCAGAAUGAAUUAAGUACUUAACCUGAGGUACCACUGUACAUGGUUCUCAUUUAAUCCCCCAAACAGCCCUGUGAGGUACAUUAGGCUGAGAGGCAAUGGCUGGCCCAAGGUCAUCCGGUGAACUGAGGGAGGAUUUGAAUCUUGGUCUCCCACAUCCUAGUCUGACAAUCUAACCACUAUGCCACGCUGUGUAGCCUUGGAUUUGAUUCCUUUGGGCUGUUGUAUUGCUGAGGUUGAAAGGAAUUGCAGUGCAUGAUGAUGUGUGCUGUGUUUUCCCCCCUUUUAGUUUCCACUGGUUAUUCCAGAAAACGUGCAAGAUCGUCGUCUUUUUCUUUUCAAACUUCCGACUCCCAGUCAUACAGAGGUAUGACUUCUUAGCCCAUUUCCUUUCCAGUACUGUAUUGUAGAUUGAGAGUAAAUCCCUUAUUCUACCUGGUUUCAAAUUGUACUCACUCAGUUGGAAUUAAAUGCUGAACAGCCCGUUUUAAUUCCCACUGAUUUCAAAGGUACUUAGUUAAGCAUAGCUUGAAAUGGACGACAGUGGGAUGUGAAUGGUUGUAGGCCAGAAACUGUAAGAAUAAUCUCAUGCUUAGUUCAGCUUUCCCCAACCAAGUGUCCAGAUGUUUUGGAUAACAUCUCCAUCAUCCCUGACCAUUGGGGAUGGUCACCCUGACUGCAGUUGAUAGGAGUUGGAAUCAAAAAUAUAUGGAAGGUACCAAGUUUGGGAAGGCUGCCUUAGUCUAUAUAUCUGCCAAAAAAAUUUAGCAAAGAAACAUGGUGCUAUAAUUGUGUUUACAUGCUGGCAUAAUUACAUUUGCUUAAGUUAUAAGUGUAAAAUACCCUUGGAGAAAUUUAUGAUUUGCUUCUUGUGUUUCCAGAAAAUGUUCUUUCCCCCAAACGAGCAAGAUCAUCUUCCUUUAACAUCCUUCCAACAUUUCCACCACCCCAGCCAGGUAAAUUAAAGUAUGACUAAACAGUGAUUUAGUAGGCCAGUAUAGUUUUAUUAUUAUUAUUUUGUCAGUGCUUGAGGGAGUUUUGACUCACUGGUAAAACUCAGUACAAAAUAAACAAAAAGAGGAAAGAGGAAAAAAGAAAACCAAUUUAGCUAAACACUUUGCACUGUUUUGCAGUAAAGAAGAAUAACAUAUUCAUGACCUCAGCGCUACUACAAAAGAACACUGCUGUGAAAGAAACAGAAAAAGGUACAGUUAUUACAGUGUAAUGGAACCAAUAUAUGGGACUGUUACAUAGGCCACUUUAUAUGGUCUAGAAGUGAAGGAAAUAGAGGGCAUAACUAUGGAAAAGCCUCUAUUGUACAUGAAAUCCUGCCAUGUAUGUCACACUGCCCCCUAGCUUGUGGAUGAUCAUGGAACUAGACUGGAAGAAAGUUUCUAGGGCUUGUAGACUGUGCAGACAGGGUUGUAUGAACCUCAUUUAAACCCAUUGUUCAGGCAUAUCAUAUAACUCUCAAUUUACCAUGUAUACCAUGCACCUCAUUUGUGACCUAUUUGUUUUUCCAUGCAUGUGGGAUUUUGAAAUAUGCCUUGGCUCUAGUGUACAGAUGUAAGAGCAAAAUAUGUUUUAAACCACCUUCCCUCCCAAAAAUCUAGAAAGUCUUAGGAUGGAGUUAGAAGGCACUUCAAGGUCAUCUAGUUCAACUGCAUGUCCAUGCAGGAAACCUCCUACUAGAGCUUCCCUAAUAAGUGUCCACCCAGACUCUGCUCAAAAUCCUUCAAAUUAUGGCAGUGCACAAACCAUCAAUUUAAUUAGUAAAGGUAAAGGUACCCCUGCCCGUACGGGCCAGUCUUGACAGACUCUAGGGUUGUUCGCUCAUCUCACUCUAGAGGCCGGGAGCCAGCGCUGUCUGCAGACACUUCCGGGUCACGUGGCCAGCGUGACGAAGCUGCUCUGGCGAACCGGCACCAGAGCAGCAUGGAAACGCCGUUUACCUUCCCGCUGGAAAGCGGUCCCUAUUUAUCUACUUGCACUUAAGAGUGCUUUCGAACUGCUAGGUGCGCAGGAGCUGGGACUGAACGACGGGAGCUCACCCCGCCGUGGGGAUUCGAACCGCCGACCAUGCGAUCGGCAAGUCCUAGGUGCUGAGGUUUUACCCACAGCGCCACCCACGUCCCUAUCAAUUUAAUUACAUUCUCCCCAAAUAAUCUUGGGGAUUGUAGUUUACCCUUCACAGAACUACAAUGCCUAGAACUCUUAACAAACUACAGUUCCCAUGAUUCUUAUCCAGAGUGGAUGUGUGAUUCAAAUAUAUUGUACAUGUAUAGCCUCGUGAUUCUGUGACCUAGCUUCAAUGUUCCUAGUGUGAAAAUAUGACAGAAGUUCAGUUGGCAUGACUAUCAUAAUGAAGGAUUAGUUUUUCCUUCAUUCAUUUGACUUUAAGAAACCCUUGUACAAGAAGGGUGUGCAACAAGAAAUAACCAUUUUUUUAAAAUCCCUGUUUCUCUCUGUUCUGCAAGGUUUUCCUUCAACAAAUGUACAACGGGAUGUUUUAAGGCCUGCCAUCUUACAACCGCCACAAGUUCCUUUGCACAAACCAGUAGAGAAGAUUGAGAUUGAAAAUGUCCUGGAGGAUAAACACGAAUCAGACACUGAGGUAAAAUAUAGCACACAUAGGAAGCCUUGUUCCAUACAUAAUACCUUAUGGAAUUGGGUUUUUAUCACCCAGAUGUCUUGCAAAGAAUUACAAGGACUGGGUACUACUUCAGUAUUGCAAUACAGUGGUACCUCAGGUUGCAUACGCUUCAGGUUACAAACUACGCUAACCCAGAAAUAGUACCUCGGGUUAAGAACUUUGCUUCAGGAUGAGAACAGAAAUCGCUCAGCGGUGGUGCGGCGGCGGCAGCGGGAGGCCCCAUUAGCUAAAGUGGUGCUUCAGGUUAAGAACAGUUUCAGUUUCAGUUAAGAACGGACCUCCAGAACAAAUUAAGUUCUUAACCCGAGGUACCACUGUACUCACACAUUAGCCACAUGAAGCCAUGCUGCUCCCCGUUAGGGCAUGUGGUAGGCAAAGAUCUGAAGUGGGAGCUGACGAUACUCAUGUAGCCCCUUUACUGAAGCUGGACCACAAAAGGGGGUAAAGUUGUGUCCUCCUCCUCUUUUUUAAAAGCAUCUCCAUGCCAUUGUUUCUGAUCCAGAUUGAGGACCACACACUGGCCCUUUGCAAAAGAAAAAUGAUGGGCAAACCGUGUGAUGCAUUCCGCAUGUAGUUUGGCCUUGAGGCAGAUCAUAAUAGACAGGCUCGUGCAGCAGAUGCUGUUCUUAAAGGCACUCACACUGGCAGUGGGGGCAGAUGACCAACCCAAGCCAAGUACCGUAUUUUUCACUCUAUAAGACACACCAGACCACAAGACGCACCUAGUUUUGGGAGGAGGAAAACAAGAAAAAAAAUAUUCUGAAUCUCAGAAGCCAGAACAGCAAGAGGGAUCGCUGCACAGUGAAAGCAGCAAUCCCUCUUGCUGUUCUGGCUUCUGGGAUAGCUGCGCAGCCUGCAUUCACUCCAUAAGAUGCAUACACAUUUCCCUUUACUUUUUAGGAGGGAAAAAGUGAGUCUUAUAGAGCAAAAAAUACGGUAUUUCCUGAGUUCCAUUAAAAUAAGGGGACCAGUUUGUAUUCUGGUGUGAAUGGCAUUUUAAAGCUGUUCUGGCUAGCAUUCCAUAUAUUUUUAAUGCCCCUUGUAGUGAAGUUGGGAAAUCUUAGCAUGUUAAAGCUUUGGUACAUGUAGGCGUGAGGAAUUGUGGGAGAGUAAAGCUGCGGAUUUCUGGGAAACAGAGGUCUGGUCUCUUUAACUGCAGACUCCCUGUCUUUAAAAGUGAGAAUCAAAUUGCCUCCUGUCUUUGGGCAGGAAGAAGAUGUUAUCUGAUUUGUAAAUUCUGACAGUUGGGGAGCUGGGAUGUGGAAUGGGUGUGAAAAGGCUAUCAGGCAAUUUACAGCUCAAAAAGCCUGGUAGAAGUCUGGGACCGAAGGGAGUACCUUUUGAUCUCAAGGUCCUUUGAGCAUAAACAAAGUUCAGCUGUCUUGGUCUCCUGACAAUCAGGAGUUAUAGUCCCAUCAUACAGCCAUUGGUAUUUGGUAAUUAACCAAAAGAAAUGAUUGGUCCCUAAACCCCUUCUCCACGUGGGAUCCUCAAGGAUAAAAGUUUGAGGAAUUGAGAUGCAAAUUGCAGACCACCAUGCCCUGGUGUUUUGCGCCUGAGGGCGCUUGACCAGCAAAGAAACAUUGAUGACUUGCCAUGUUUUGAACUGUUACUUUGUGAGUAUGUUUUAGUCAGUUAUAGUGUGCAAUGUUUUAUUUUUCUUGUUUGUAACCUUUUAAGAAACGUGCAAGCUUUUACUUACUGAGUGACUUUUUCAAUAAAUUUGGAAAAGGACUUUUGUGCCUUUUGCCAGAGAAGCUGAACUGGUGCCUGACCACUUGAUACACACUACCUGUUGGAUUUCUGUCUGCGUCACGGUAAAGUGACACAGGGUCAGGCAACCUGGUAAAUAUCGAAGGGGGGUUCUCCUCCUUGGACUCCAUUUGAGGGUUGACCCAGGAAAGGAGGUGGUGGCAGCAGCUUUAUACCAUUUGGCUUGCGACUUGCAACACCUCAUGUCCUCUCCCUCUCCCUGCCGGGUCCUGCCAGAGUUUGGAGGACCGGUUAAGGGGGGUGGAUAGUGAUGGCAGAUGAAGAUGUUAGACUUUUUGGAGCUAGUUGACCUGACUUGAAGAAUCCGCAAUCAGAAAGAAGAGGAAUAUCAAGAAGAUUGGAAGAAAUUUAAAGACUAUUUAGCCAAAUAUUGUAACUUACGAUAAGUAAAAGUUACUUGAAAGUAUCAAAUGGGCCUAGGACUAGAGUAAGAAUGCAUUGUAAAAUACUAUGGAUUUAGAUAAUUUUGAAAAGAGAAGAAGAUUGAAAAUUAAAGGUGUCAAUUUGAUUAGAAAGAGGAUAUUGGAGAGCUGUUAAAAAAAGUGAUUCAAUGAAACUCAGUAAGGAGGGAUUCGAAGAAGUCAGUUAACAAUGAAAAUCAAAUUAGGUCUUAAAGUAUUAGGUGUUUACAUGUUUGUUUUUGUUGCCUUUUUUAGUAUUGUAAUGUCUUUUAUCUUUAUUUGUGUGUUUUAUUUGUUAUAAACUUGGAACAUUAAUAAAAAAAUUUGAAAAAGGGGGGUGGAUAGUGGCCCGCAAUCACGACACCCCUAUGGUAGAGUAAUUGAAGGUGCCACUCACCAUAUCCAGCGACGGUGUACGCUUUCAGAAAACAAGAAAAGCCAAAUUGGUUUAAUUGUUUUUAGGUAUCUGGAGACACCUGUUUGUGGGCAGAUGACUCAGAAAGACCGCUUCCAUCUCUUCAUAUUUCAGGCCUUCAAACAAUAAGGUAAGCAAAGUGAAAUAUUUUGGGGUGGCGAAUGGUUCUGGAAGAAACGAAACAUUCACCCAAGUAGCCUAAUUCUUCUUUUUAGGUAUCUUUAAUAAUAAAAAACCCCUUUGCCAACGGACCCUGUCCAUGAUUGUCUGUGUACAUUCCUGCCACACUCCCAUAUGCCCACAUAAUAUCAGAAAGCAAAGUCCACACACAAAGAGCUAUAAAUGCAUAGGCUGCCCACACCAUCAGAAACCCCAAACUCACAGGGGUCCCGAUAAUAAGGAGAACCUACAGGUGUACAAUUGCACUGUGCACAUGAAGACUCCCCUUUUCUGACGUUGCAGUGGUAUGUGGGCAUCCUGAGCAGAAAUAUUUGGGGGCAAGAUUGGUGGUUCUGGCCCCAAUGUGGCUUCCAGGUGUUGACUAAAUGCAUGGAACUCUGCCUCGUUCUGGAUGCUACAUGUUAUGUGAGUCGUUGGCAAACUAGACAUUAAGCAAACAGGAUGACCGGGAUGACAAAGGGUUUUGGAAACCAAGUCCUACGAGGAGCAGUUGAAAGAGCUGAGUACAUUUAGCCUGGAGAACAAGGUGAUCAAGGGGAGAUAUGAUCAUUGCCUUCAAUUAUCUGGAAGGAUGUCAUCGCAGAUGGCAGAGCAGAUUUGUUCCCUUUUGCUCCAGAUGGUGGGACUAGAACUCAUGGGUGGAAACGGCAAGGAAGCAGAUCUCUGCUGAUCAUUAGGAGAAACUGUGUAAUGACAAGAACUGUUUGUCUUGGAAGGUGCUGUGCUGUAUUUAAGCAGAGGCUGGAUGUCCAUCUGUCAGGGAAACUCUAGUUGUCAGAGUCCUGCGCUGAGCAAAGGGAUUGGACUAGAGGACCUCAGAGGCUAUCAGUCUAUGGAGGGAUCUCUUCUGAACAGCCCAGUUAUCAUUUCUCUGGCUUUAGAACAUCUGGCUUUGAAACUUGGCCACUCUAGCUAUUGCCCUAAAGAGGUGUCCUAUAAAAUCCAAAUGGUUUCAAUACGGUCUACUCAAAGUAGUCUGCAUUUGUAUUGGAUUUGAUAUUUGUAUUGAUAUCCGUUUUAGAAUUGAAAUUGAUUUUAUAUACGAACCUGUUGGUUUUAAAAUUUGUUUUAUAUGUUAUUUUUUCCUUAUUUUUAAAUUGUUUUCGUAUUAGCCAAAUGUUUUAAUGGUUUUUAUAUAUGCAAUUGUUUUCCAUCUGCUUUAAGCGCAUUCAAUAAAUGGAUGCCCCAUCAUAAGCAAUUCAUAAAAUAAAUAAUAAUUGUUGACACUAGGCUUUUCUGGCAGGACUCCAGGAAAACAAACACAGAUACACAUAUAUGUGAAUCGGAUUUACUUGUAUUUUCUUUUUUUUUAAAGUUGAUUAGGCUUCUUCUCCCCCUGACUCUUUCUUUUUCCUUUUUAAGCAACCAACUACCUGAAGGCAGAACUUUCUCAAGCAGUAGACAUUCUGACUUUGUGUUUGGAGAAAAUAUAGUAGAAAGAGUUUUGGUAUGUUUUAAACAUUUGUUUCUCAUUUUGGGGAGGGAAAACCAUGUAAAAAGACUGUAUCCAACGUUCCAAUACAGUAAUUUAUAAGUUCUGACUUUACUAUAGAUAUCCCUUAAUUUAGAACAGUUCAAAAAGCUCUCAUAAUUCUAGUUAAGGCAGGAUACUAUUCAUGCUCUGUGCAAUGAUUGAUAUAAUGCUUGGCUUAGUACAGUGAACAAAUCACACUUUAAAAUCAGAGUAAAAUGAUACCCAAUUCAAUUUACAUAGGCCAGAAUCUAAUGUAUACCAAGGCUUCUUGUGGAGGAGAAUUAUCUGCUGGAUUAUUUUACUACUAAAAUAUUCCUGGAAUAUUUUACUACAGGAUGUUUGCAAAAGUUGCACAUUAUCCUGCUUUAUUAAAAUCAGGAUACUAUCAUACAAGUAUAACCUGCUCCUUGUCUCAUUGCAUAUUUUACAAUGCCAUUCAUUUUUAAAUUGUUAAAAAUAAGUAAAACGUCAGCAUCUGAAAUGCUCCCAGUUGUAGUUCUGAUUUUGUCACUUGCAAUGCCUUCCUGUAAUUUUCCUAGAGGCCAGCAAAAUCCUCAGAGCUGCAUUCUGAAAGUGGCAACAAUGGGAAAAAAUCCACGUCUCCUAUAGGUUUUCAUACCAGGUCUCCGCAGACAAGUAGGUGAUCUUUCUUACCAAAUAAAUAACAUUAACUUGUUACCGUGCAGCUUUCAUUUUGCACUUCAUGAUAUUGUGAUUGCAUGUGGUAAUCCAAGAGAAAAGACCCACUUAAUUAUGAAGCGUAGCCAAAAACACAUUUAAAAGCACGUGACUUUCCCCCAAAGAAUCCUGGGAAAUGUAGUUUAAGGGAACUGCAAAUCAUAGCACUGUGAGGUGAAAACUACAGUCCCCAGGUUUCUCUGGAUGAGGUCACGUGCUUCAAACACAUGUGGGAUGUGCUUCAAGUUUCUGGUGUGGAUUUGCCCUCAGAUUGUUCUGCUGUUCAACUCCAGCAGAUGUUGGGAUCCUAUAGCCCUCCAGAUGUUGAUGAACUAAAACUACAUCCCUCGCCACUGGCCACGCUUCCUAGGGCUGAUGUGUGUUUUCUUCAGCAACAUCUGGAGGGUCAAAGGUUCUCUACAGGAAUCUAGAGUUGAGACCAGUGUUCUUUGCUCUAGCUGGUAGUGACUUUCCAAUCCCUUACUGCUUGAUCCUUUUCAGACUCUAGAUGCUGGGUCUGAGCCUGUGUCCAACUGCAUACAAAUCAGCUCUCUCUCUCAGAACUGAGUGGAAAUUUCUCAGAUGACAUUUUUCUGAAAAAAAUUCUGAAAUCUUUCUUCCCCCCACCCUGAAAAAAAGCCACUCUUUAGGAUUUUACUUGAAUAGUCUCCAGCAUUUUUGUCUGUGAGUUGGCUGCCAUUCUUCAGCUCCUCAGAAGAAUACUUUUUCUUCUUUGGCAAUCACUCAUAACCAAGUAAGACUGUCUUCCAUAAACACAGUUUUAACAUUGCGUCCGUAAGUGACUGUGGAGGCCAAUUCUAGAUCCACACGUCCUUCCACAGUGGGGACACCGGUUUCCAGGCAGGAGUUGAUCACGGUGUGGAUUUGUCAAGCGUGCCUUCCUCUUAGCACGUUUCUCCCUUGCGUCCUGAGUUUGAGUGUCUUCAAACCCCAUGACACUUUUGGUAAAGGCUGUUCUCCAGUUGGAGUGCUUGCAGGCAAGAGCCAGUGUGGUGUGGUGGUUAAGAGCGGUGGACUCAUAAUCUGGUGAACCGGGUUCACUUCCCCGCUCCUCCACAUGCAGCUGCUGGGUGACCUUGGGCUAGUCACACUUCUCUGAAGUCUCUCAGCCCCACUCACCUCACAGAGUGUUUGUUGUGGGGGAGGAAGGGAAAAGGAGAUUGUUAGCUGCUUUGAGACUCCUUAGGGCAGUGAUAAAGCGGGAUAUCAAAUCCAAACUCUUUUUCCCAAUUGUUGGUGUUUAUACUACAUUUUUUAGAUUUGCCUUGAGACAGUCUUUAAACCUCUUUUGUUGACCACCAGCAUUACACUUUCCAUUUUUAAGUUCAGAAUAGAGUAGUUGCUUUGGAAGACGAUAAUCAGGUAUCCAGGAACAACGUAUUAUUAUUAUUAUUAUUAUUAUUAUUAUUACAAUUAGAAUUGUGCUUGGAAACGUACUGGGAGCCACUGUAGAUCUUUUAGGAUUGGUAUUAUAUGGUCCUGGCAGCUGCUUCCAGUUACCAGUCUAGCAGCCGCAUUCUGGAUUGAUUGUAGUUUCCGAGUCACCUUGAAAGGUAACUCCACAUAGAGCCCAUUGAAGUAGUCCAAGCAAGAGAUAACCAGAGCUUGUACUGCUCUGGUGGGACAGUGCUCAGGCAGGUAGGGUCUCAGCCAGCGUACUAGAUGGAGGUGGAGAAUUCAAAAUGGUGGCCAGGCUGCCAAUAAAACUACAAGGUUUUCCUUUCAUAGAAACCUGAGGGUUUUCCAUUAUUCUCCUUUCUCUAUAGCGCCAUUUUUUGCCAAGGAUACAACACUAGUUGAAUCAGCUGCUGCUUAUGUAUCUAGCAAACCGACACAAAGAUAUUUAUUGGAUAAAGUUGAAGUUACUACAGGAGAAGAAACAGAGCACAAUGUCUUACAGGUAUAUCUUUUCCUAAAAGAUUUAUUGGUGGGGAAUUUCUGUUAUAUUUGAAAAACAGGCCAUGGCCGGGUCUGCACAUAACACAAACCAUGGUUUGUUAAAACAAACCAUGAGGUACCCAAUAGUUGUCUGACAGGUGAUAAAAUAACCCACAGGUUGUUUCUCCGACAUUUGUUCUAUUUUUCUUUUCAAGUUUUGUGAAUAAGCUAUAGUAAUCCAUUUAAUUGCCAUUUCUUUUUUUAUUUAAUAGUAAGAAUAUAAAUGACACAGAAGUUUUAGUUUUUUAAAAAAAUAUAUGUGUAUGUCCGAAUUGACCAUUUUAUCAAAUUUUCCCAUUUUAGAUAAACUGCAGGCUCUUUUUAUUUAAUAAAUCAUCAUCAUCCUGGACUGAAAGAGGCAGUGGCUCUCUGAGACUUAAUGAUACAUCCAGCAAUCAGUGUGGAAUGCUGCAGUCAAGACUGAGUAAGAAUUAAUUUCACCAUUAAGUCCAGCUUCCUCAUAGGCAAUUAUCAAUGUGAAAAAUGUGCAAAGACGAGCAAAUUGUAUUUACAGCUAUAACAUAUUGCCAAAGGAUUUAGAAUAUAAACAUCACAAUCCAGCAGACAUUUUAUUUGUUUAAAUUGGGGGUCAAAUUAGGGGUCAAUUAAUCAAAUGAACUCCUAUUCAGUAAUUGAUUUAUUAAUUGUUCACACUAUGUCUUGGGAAGCUUGCAUACAUCAUGGUUUAUAUAUGAUUCAGCUGCAGUAUUUUUUAUUAUUUUUUCCAAAUAGGUAAAUAAACACAUGCAAGAAACCUACACAUACACAAGAAAAAAGGCACUCCUCGUGCAUAGUGCAAACAUUAAAACAUUAAACACUGACACAUUCAAUUACAUCUGCAAAAGUUAUGAAUAUGUUCAUAUUGGCAAAAUACAUUCAUUUAAAAAUCCCAACGUUUUUAAAUUUUACAACUUUAUUAAUGCAGUAUCCAAGUCAUUUGUUUGAAAUUCAUUUCUAAUACAUUAUUGAAUCACAUAUAUUACAAAUGAAUUGCGUAUAAACAACUUGGAUACUCCACUGACAAAACUAUAACAUUUAUAAAGGGUAGAUUUUGAAAAAUAAAUAAAUGAAUGUAUUGUGCAGAUAGGAACAUAUUCAUCAAUUUUGUGUACUUCCUCUUUUAGAGAGAGUCAUUUGCAGACAUAAAGUUUGGUUUAUAGUACACCAUCAUGUAUUCAGACAGGCUAUGGAGAUAUUCAAAACAUUGAACAUUCUCAAGAAAUGGGAGUGUUUGUCACAAAUGGUGAGUAGUUGAGUUAGACGAUUUAGGAAUAGUGGAUAACUGAGUUUAUUUAUUCUACUACAUUGCAUUCCCAGACAUCAGAUGGGGUGGGGAGAUGGGGAAUUCCAAACUUCUCAUGGUUUUAAAAGCCAGGGUAGCAGGAUGCUGGACUCGUUGAGCCAUUUGCCUGAUCUAGCAGACUCUUCUUAUGUUCUUAAGUUUCAGAAGUUGAGUAACUUGAGUUUUGCAGUGCUACUGGACGAAAUCUCCCCCAUUAAGAAAAGGGGAUUUAAAUAUUAUCUGCCUUUCUUUCUAAUGUUCCUUUUCUCCUGUUUAUAGUAAUGCGAAAUCAAGGGAGCAUGAGGCUCAUUCUUAACACCAGACUCUGGACUCAGAUGGUCAUAGAAAGAGCAAACCGGAAGAGUCUGUGCAUCACAGCUACAGAUUUGGAGGACUCUUGUGUCAAGGUGUUCCUAAUACAGGUAGAGCCAACCAGGAGCUGCUGCAGCAAAAAUUCCUGAACCUCCCUGCCUCCACCUUCUGCCCUGGCCAGAAGAAGCAUCAAUGUUUGGGACGCAGUGGUUGAUUUGCUACUCUGCUUCACUGUUCCCUGGCCAGUGGUGUAGCUAGACGCUCGGGUGCCCGGUACGGCGUGAGCGUCCUGCAGCCAGGGCGGGGCGAGCUGCCCAUGGGGACAGGGCACACUGCGUGGAGCCUCUCCGCUGCCUCCCCCUCAGCUGGAGCUGGAGCCUGCAGGCGCCCAAGCCGCCACGUCACUUCCAGGAGAGACACGUGGCUUGGGCACACUGCAGGCCCCGCAGUAAGUGCCGGCACUCGCGGUGGGGUGCCCAGUGCCAGCCACAUUUUGUUAUGUUUGUUGACUGAACUAAAAGAGAGCCAGUGUGGUGUAGUGGUUAAGAGCGGUAGUCUCGUAAUCUGGGGAACCGGGUUCGCGUCCCCGCUCUUCCACAUGCAGCUGCUGGGUGACCUUGGGCCAGUCACACUUCUUUGAAGUCUCUCAGCCCCACUCACCUCACAGAGUGUUUGUUGUGGGGGAGGAAGGGAAAGGAGAAUGUUAGCCGCUUUGAGACUCCUUAAAGGGAGUGAAAGGCGGGAUAUCAAAACCAAACUCUUCUUCUUCUUCUCUUCUAAAAAGUUUUGUGAACCCAAUUUUUUUUUAAAAAAAAACCCUAAUAUUUUUGUCACUUUCUCACCCCACCCCCUCAGUGAUGACACCCGGGGCGGCCCGCACCCCCCUUCCUCUACCACUGUCCCUGGCCAGAUUGUUUUGCUACCCCCUCAGCUGAGACCUUUCUGUUUGCUUAGCUUUAAAAUUUUAAUUGCUUCACACUUCUGUUUGCAUAUUUAUUGUCUGUAGUUUCAUUGCUUUUUGAUGACUUGUAUCCAAGGUGCCGGGACGCGGGUGGCGCUGUGGGUUAAACCACAGAGCCUAAGACUUGCCGAUCAGAAGGUCGGCGGUUCGAAUCCCCGCAACGGGAUGAGCUCGGUCGCUGCUCCUGCCAACCUAGCAUUUUGAAAGCACGUCAAAGUGCAAGUAGAUAAAUAGGUAACCCUCCGGCGGGAAGGUAAACGGCGUUUCUGUGCGCUGCUCUGGUUUCAACAGAAGAAGCUUAGUCAUGCUGGCCACAUGACCCGGAAGCUGUCUGUGGACAAACACCGGUUCCCUUGGCCUAUAGAGCGAGAUGAGCGCCGCAACCCCAGAGUCGGUCACGACUGGACCUAAUGGUCAGGGGUCCCUUUACCUUUAUCCAAGGUGCCGGUUCCCCAGCACUGCCUACUGCUGCCCCCUACAACAGGGAUGCAGAACACUUGACCCUCCAGAUGUUGGGGUGUAACUAUUAUCAGCGCCAGUCAGCAGGGCCAAUGGUCAAGAAGAUAAUAGGAGUUGCCCUCUUAUCUGGAGGGCGAUAUCAGGAGGACAACAUGUUCCCCAUCCAUGCCUAAACCUUGUUUUAUUGUAUUCCAGAAGAGUCUUAGUGAAAACUUACAUAGGAUGUUUUAACUGUUGCCCCGUUUUUUGCCAUGGACUAGCUGGAUGCAGAGGUGUGGUGGGAGGCUCCAGCUGGGGAACCCCCCAAGGAAACCCCCAGGGGAAGAAAGGUUCAGAGCCAGGAGAUUGGUGGUGAGAUGAUGAUGAGUGGUCAGAGGGAGAAGAGGGAGUAGACUACGGGGAGGAUGAGAUGUUGGAAGCUGAAGAGGUAACAAGCUUCAGUGAGCAGGAAGAGGCUGUGGCAGAGAGCAGCCCAGACUCGGAGGCAGAAGAGGAGGCAGGAGAGGAGAGGGGCUAGGCGACAGAAGUGAGGCAGGCUGCUGAAGAAUCUAGGGAGUCUCCCCCUCCUGAUGUGAUCAGCUCCUCUCCCCGCUGGUCUCCUGGAACAAGCAGAGGAAUGAAGAGGGUAAAGCAAUGAGAGGCAAGACGCCAGAACAUUAGGUUGCUAGGGAAGGAACCUUAGAGAGCCUUAGAGAGCAGUGGGAAGGCGAGACCUUCAAUCUUCACAACUGCUACAUUGGGGCAAGACCUACUGGGAAGAGUUGCUGUGAUCGCUAGGCCUGCAUUGUUUUGGUUUCUUUGAAUAAUGAGUUAACUUCAUUGACACCACUGAUUUUAAUUGCUGACCUACCCCCGACUCCGACGCCUGACAAUUCUACUAUGUAAAACCACACUGAGCAUUUGAAGGCAGUGCAUAAAUAACAUAGAAUCACAGAAUUGCUCAGUUGGAAGGGACACCUGUCACUCCAGUUCUUUUCAGUAACUUUGGAAUCUCUUUGGUGUGCUCAGUUUUUCACUGGUCAACUGGAAAACAGUACCUAAUAGACCUAUUUGUCUUGUGCAUUACACAGGCAAGCUCCAAGGAUGCAGCUUCUUUAUACGCAGCAAUCCACCACCGCCUUGUUGCAAUGAGGAGCUUUGGUGAUCAGGAAUGUGAUGUAAACCACGUGGAGCAGGAGCCAGAUAUUCAACCACUGAAUUAUGACAGUGAUGAGGACGAGAAUGAAAAAAUAACUCAAGUGAGCAACAACAAAUCAGGUGAGCAAAGCUCUCUGCAGGACCAGACAAAGGCUGUAUUUUUCAUAACCAUUAUCCUAAGCCAUCUACAUAAAAAAUAAUGGGGGCUGGCUUUGCUGCAAAGUGAGAAGUAGCUCUGCUGCUGUUCACAUUCCUUUCCCAGACCCACAACUUGGUGGGAUGUGCAUUGCCGUGGGAAAGGGGGUUAUACACACCCCAAUAUUUUCUUUUUUAAAAAAAAUAGAGGCACAAUGAGGCGGUAGAACAGAUUGCACUGCCUUCAUCACGACUUUGUGAAAACAGAAAACGAUAAAUGCAUCCGGUAUUUUAAGUCGUUGUGCUAUAUUGUAUUUUUGUUUUGGAUCGGAAGCUAUUUGGAGUAAUAUUUUACUAGAAAAAUGGGGAAUGAAUAUUAAAUCACCCUCUAGGAGUGGCGUGGGAAGAUCAAUACAAGGUAAAAUGAGUCAUAUUAAUUUAAAAUCAUAUGCUUCACUCCUUACAAGGGGUUAAAUCUCAUUGAACCAUAGCAGGAUUUACUUCUGAGCAAACAUGGUUAGGAUUUUGCUGCCUAUCAAAAUAAGGAAUGUAAUAAUAAGCAGCUACCCCACUCCUGAAAGUUUCCUGCUUCUGAAAAAAAUAGGGUGAGUGGGAGAUAUUCUGAAGCAACUGCUUUUCAAAGUAAAAAUUAACAAGGGUUGACUACUUAUUGAGCGUUCAUUCUUGCUUGUGGUUAUACUGAAGGAAAUGUUGUCCCAUAUUUUCUGUUGCAUUUCCCCAUCAAUUUAAUUACUGUGAAAAAUCUGGUUUUGGAGGAGGAGCUCCAAUCCGUUUUAAUUGUGCAACCUGAAUUUGCUGGUAUGUGAUAGAAUUUUAGCUUCAAUAUUACAGUGGUGCCUCGCAAGACGAAAUUAAUUCGUUCCGCGAGUUUUGUCAUCUUGCAAAAAUUUUCGUCUUGCGAAGCACGGUGUCGGGAAAGUUUUGGAAAAGCUUCAAAAAUCACCAAAGUCUUUAAAAACCUCAAAAAAGGCUACCACACCGCGUUCUAUGAGUUGCUCCUCGAAGUCAAAGUCGCAACUGUAUUAACGGUGUUAAGAAAAAGGAAACAAACUUGCAAGACGUUUCUGUCUUGCGAAGCAAGCCCAUAGGGAAAAUCGUCUUGCGAAGCAGCUCAAAAAACAAAAAACCCUUUCGUCUAGCGAGUUUUUUGUCUUGCGAAGCAUUCGUCUUGCGAGGUACCACUGUACUCUUUUCCUUAGAGAAGUCACUAGAAAUUGUGGACCUUUGCCACCAGAGGGCAUAUUGUUCCUCACGUCUCUGCCUGGCUGGCUCCUACCUGUGGCGGCUUUGCAUAGGCCACUGUUGAAGGUUUCCAACCAUCUGCCAUUUCCUUUCCUUGAGUGAACAUUCCACCUGUCCUUGACCUUAAGCUCUCUUUUUAGUCAAAUUCAUAGCCCACUUUUCUGAUCUGCCUCUACCCUGAACUCCUUUUCCGUCAUCACUUCCUGCUUCCUGCUUGGAUAGACUAUCUGAGGGCGGCUCCUUCAUAGCUGUCAACAUUUCCCCUUUUUAAAGGGAAAUUCCCUUAUUCUGAAUAGGAUUCCUCGCAAGAAAAGGGAAAAGUUGACAGCUAUGGACUCCUUUCAACUCUGCCUCUGGUUCUCGCUCUUAUUGGUUCCUGAAAGGAAAACAAACCACCAUGUCCUCAGGUCCUUUCAUGGAGAAAUAGGGAUGGAAGGAUCUGUCCAUUUAUGUUCUCUCUGUUUCUAAUUUUUCCACUCUUAAAUUCACUUCUUCACAUUUCUGCAGCCAUUUGCCAUUUUUAACUCCUCUUGGAAAUUCUUCAACAUUUUAGUGUCAAUUUCUCCUGACAAAGACACUUUUGUAUGCAGAUUUGACUAUUAUACACAUUUUUGCAAGCAUUCCCAUGAGGGCACAUAACUCAGGGGUACGGCAUCUGCGUUGCAUGCAGAAGGUCCCAGGUCCAAUCCCUCACAUAUCCAUGCAGGGCUAAGACUCAUUGCCUGAAGCUCUGGGGAGCUUCUUCCCAGGCAGUGUUGGACAAUACUGAGCCAUGCUGGCCCAUUAUCUGACUCUGAACACAACAACUUCCUAUGUUCCUAAGAUAAAACCUAGUUUUUGUCAACAUGAAUAGUGUCUGCUGAAUGGUUACCAUGACUGGAUGGUCUUCAUAGUUCUCUGGGUGCAGCUAGAUGUUACAUCAGACAUGUGGCUACCACCAAAUGUAGCAACUCCUCCUUCACUUUUCCAUGUAAUGCCUAGCAAUACAAAAUUUGUGACUUUCCUCCUCAUUCUUCCAUUUCAUUGACUGCUGCUGCUCUGAGCGGGCUGAGAAUUUCAGAGCACGUAAUAAUGCAGGUUUUGUAUUGCUAAGUGUUACCAGAAGUGUGCUGGUUUCAGUAGCUGCUACACAUCUGUUGUACUGCACAGUGUUGACCUCACUGAUGCCACUCCCAUUAAUUUCAUUCUGGUCCUCUUCCUAUGUUUCUUUUUGGCAUCUAUUCUGUUCAGCUUGUGAGGCAUGUGCUUACGCUCAAGCCAUAAUCUCGCACCGUGUCUCUGGGGAUUUGCACCCAAGAUGGUCCUAACAUGCAUUAUUGUUGUGGGGCAAUUUCCAUCCCCAAACACACCUGCAGUUCCUCAAAAGAGGAAGCAAUGUGGGUCAAACGAAUGAUGUAGUUUUUGAUACUGAUGUGGGAAAGAAGCACAUUAUUUAAAUGACUUGUGAGCAGUAGCUAAGAAACUGGGGGACAAAUCAGGAAGUCCUUGUUUUGAAACUCAUCUGUUCCAUGAAUUAACUAGGCUGCUCUCUCCUAAUCUGCAGUAUGGGGACAAUAAGACUGACAGAGUUCGGGAAGGAUUUCAACAAAAUGAUGCGUGUAAAUGAUUUGAACACAUGAAAGCACUAAACAGAUGUUAAGUAGAAGUAGUAGCCAGUGGCAGAGUGCAUGCUUAGCUGAAUCUGUGACCUCUCCAGUUAGAGGGGUCCUUGGUAUCAGGAUAGGGAAAGACCACUCAGUAUAAAAGGAUAGCAAAAGACCAUUUCAUGCAACCACAACAUGGUGGUUCUCAUGCUACAACAGGAGACAAUAUAAAAAUGUGUGCUAGAGCAGAGAACUGAGUAGGUGAAAAGAAUGGAAGAGGAACUGACUAUAUCCAAAGUUCCUGUCUACUGCAUACUGAUUUUAUGCUAUUUUCUGAAGGAAAAAUGCAUGUCUUAUGGGCCCUCUCUUUGAAGUAAACCCUAUUGAUUACAGUGGGACUUACUUCCAAGUAAACAUGCAUAGGAGUGUGCUGAACCAUUGCUUUUGUAAGGAGGGCACAAAAAGACCUGCGAUAAACCUGAAGAACCAAACGUUUUUAUUUUUAAACUGUGACUAUGGUAUACUAUAUACAGCUCACUCUGCCCACCAAACAGCAGCCGCUUCAGUCAGCAUUCAUGCAGAACCUCUCCCCUUCAACUUGUCUGUGUGACUUCCCAGAGGGAGAUAAUAAAAGGCUGGAAUUUAUUUGCGAGUUGAAGGUACUCUCCAAUCUAUGUGCCGACUUGCAAGUUAAACAAUCAUGUUGACAAGCGAAGGCCUCUGACACAGAUUUGGGAAAAACAGCUAAGGGUCAGUGGCCAGUGAUGAUAACUGAGGCCACAGUCCUUGAGGGACAUCCAAACUGUGGUACAUACAGUGUUCUUUUCACUGUGAUGGACUUCGCAGUGAGGGUGUGUGUGUGUACGUGUGUGUGGUGCAUGAGAAAAAAUGAGUGAAGUUAUAUAAACCCUUACAAUUCCCUGCAGCCAGUGAGUCCAAAUUCCUCUUCCAUCCAGGUCCCAGAGAUUGCUGACAACCCAGGCCCCAUCUGUUAUCAAGCAACCUUGGCAGGUCCUCUGACGGCCCCUGCUUUAUUUUAUUUAUCCUGACUAUGUCCACCUCAGUCUGCUUAUCUUUCAUGCCAGCUGAUCCUGUUGUAAUACUAUCAAGGUACGCAGCCCAACCUUUGCUGAGAUUUCACUCCAAACACCAUUUGCAAAAUGUUUCCUGCUGCUCUAAAGUUGCCAGCUUUUGUUAUGUUCUGUGUUUUCAGUAGAUGCAUGGCAGGUAGACAUCAGUGGGUGCAGUUUUUCCCAUUAAUGCAUCUCAAUGCCAGAAAAAAAGGCUCACUUGGUGAUUCUGACUCUAUUCAUUAGAGAUUUUUUUUAAAAAAACCCUCUGUAGAUAAAAACUGGGGCAGUGGAGUCAUCAAGUUGCAACUCCACACAUACUGUAUCAGGGCAAGUUUACAUGGCUCUGAUUUAAUGUAUGAUGUUCUUUUUGCAGUUUGAAAAGGGGCUAAUAAUAAUAAUAAUAAUAAUAAUUUUAUUAUUUAUACCCCGUCUAUCUGGCUGGGUUUCUCCAGCCACUCUGGGCAGCCUCCAACAGAACACUAAAAACAGAAUAAAACUUCAAACAUUAAAAACUGCCCUAAACAGGGCUGCCAUCAUAUUUCUUCUAAAAGUCAGAUAGUUUUUUAUUUCCUUGACAUUUGAUGGGAGGGCAUUCCACAGGGCGGGCACCACUACUGAGAAGGCCCUCUGCCUGGUUCCCUGUAACCUCACUUCUCACAGUAAAGGAACCACCAGAAGGCCCUUGGCGCUGGACCUCAGUGUCCGGGCUGAAUAAUAGGGGUGGAGAUGCUCCUUCAGGUAUACUGGAAGAAAUGGGUGGGUACUGCUUGAGCUUCUCUUCAUUUUUACUCUUCCAGGCUGUUUACCCAGCUAUUACAUGCCUGUAAUGCCUUUGGAAGACAGCUCUGUAUUUUCCCAGACUUUAUUCAGGCACAUGCUAUGGUGGCCAAAAUGGAUAAGUUGUUUGGGAAUUUUUGUCCAACUUCCAGAGGGGCAGGUGUGUUAGGGUGUUGCCUCAAAAAUGGCAAGAGUGCUGAGACACCUAAAAAGCUAAUCAGAUAUCUUGGGAAAUAAGCUUUUGUAGAAUGAAGCCAAAAUACUAAAUAGAAAGCAAGUGUGCAACAGUGGAUACAAUAUUGUACUAGGAUUGCAGCGACCCAGAUUCAAAUCCCCACAUAGCCAUGGAAUUUACUGGGUGGUGCUAAGCUAGUCAGUGUUGCUCAGACUAACCAACAACCUAAAAUUAAUUUGAUGAUAAAAUUGUGGGGGUAGCGGGGGACAGAGAAACUCGUACAUGAGUAUGGGGAAAUGAGCAUGUAAGAAACAAAAUAAAUAUGUACACGAUAAGCACAAUGAGCGUACACAACAGUAAUCAUCCUACCUUUGCUAUUCUUUCUUAACAGCUAUAGUGGGAAAGCCAGCCAUUGUCUGGCUUGGGUCCUGAACAAAUAGAAUCAAAUGUAUCCAUAAAUUCUAGUUUAGCAAUUUCAUGCAGGAGUGUCACUUUGAAGUUCCUUCACUAGAUAAUAUGACCUGCUGGCUAGCAGCAGAAUAUCCUGUGAGACUAAAUAUUCCCACCCUGGCUUCUUAUAGAAGUCAUUUUUAUUGUAGAGAAUGACUUGCAGACGGAAGAAUGGCAUUGUUUGCAAGUGAAAGCAUAUAUCACAUUGAGGAGUAAGCCAGUGAAUGAGUUCUGAGGAUGCCUCUCAUAUUGAUGUCUCAUAAUUGUACAUCUGAGUGGAAACAUUAAUGCAGUAAGGGCUAUUUUCUAAGUUUGUGGACCACCACAUUUUCUUUUGGUUUACAGCUAAAAGAAGCACCACAUGAGAUGAUAAUUGAAAUCCUUCCAAAUUAAAACUCAGCUCUUUGGUUACGAUCUGCCGAAGCUAUCUGUGUGUAUAUUUGGGAUUGUUUUUGUUCGUGAACAAAAAGAGUCAGGGUUUUCGCUAAGGUUUCCACAGCAGCUGCUUGUGCUGCUGACAAGGCAAGCUGUUUCAUUUUAAAAUUAAACAGAAAAAAACUCUUCCUCUUCAGCAUGUGACAGGAAACUUCAAAGAAAGCUCUUACUCUUUUUUUUCUUUAUUAAAGUGCUUUGGGCAUCACCUGAAAUUGCACAAACAACCACUACUGAUCUAAAAGUUAUACAAAGAGACAGAGAGAGAGAGAGAGAGAGAGAGAGAGAGAGAGAGGUAAGAGAUGAAUGAAGUCUUUGAAAAACUGGCAGGCGAGAAUGCUCAACAUGCUUCGAGCGCUCAGAAUUCCUCUUCGCUUUGUUCUCAAGAGUUCCUUUGUUCCAGUCUGGAAAAUUUGCCUGUUUACAAGCCCCAACAGUCUAUACUCCUGCUCAUUGCUCCAUUCACAAAGAUACACUAUUAUUGUCCUUGAUUAUAUCCGGAUCUUGUUUUAUGUUAUAGAUCUGUAGGUUAUACACAAGGGAGAUCUGCAACAAAAUGUUGCAGUGUGAAAUCCUCCUGUUCAAGAUACUCCUGGUUUUCCAUUUUGCGCCCCCUCCUCCUGGCCAGUCUGCAUUCCACAUCCAUUCAGCCUGCUCAACCAUUAUUGGGUUGUGUCAGGGAACUGCCAUCAGUGCCGGAGGGAGAGAGCAAAAUCCAGAGGGAUUCCGGAGAGCGUCCCGGGAGUGGGAGAGGCAGCCCAUCUUCUGGGGAAGAGAAUCAGCGUAGCACCAGUGGAGAAGGGGGGCAGAUGGGGGAAGCGGCGAGGCGGUCCCAUGACUCCUUGCUGGGGACCAGCGGGGAGAGUAGAGGUCCUCCGCUGCCUACGCCCUCCUUGCGCAGAAGGCUUUCACGCAGAGAGAGCAGGAGACUAGGCGUCAAAGAGCUUCUUUGCUGGAAGAAGUUUAAGAAACGCCCACUGACGGAUUCUGCCAGCGAUUGAGGCAGCCACGGGUGAGUGGCUGUCCGGACAGGAAAGGUUCACUCAGGCAACCCAGCCAGGUGUUUGCACCGGCUUACGCACGAGCAACCCCUAGAACCAUUACAGGUUGUUUGGCUCUUACACCCCAGGGUUUUUUCUAAACAUUUUGUACCAUUAUAUAAUUUUGGUUUCCCUUGAGCUUCCUGAAAUAUCCCUUUUGUGUAUGGAUGGUCCUGUUUAGGCUACUUAAGGGCCAGCCUACAGAGAACUGUUAUUACAAUAAUAGAAUUAUAGAGCUGUAGUGCUAACGCGGGUGGUGCUGUGGGUUAAACCACAGAGCCUAGGACUUGCCAAUCAGAACGUUGGCGGUUCGAAUCCCCAUGACAGGGUGAGCUCCCAUUGCUCGGUCCCUGCUCCUGCCAACCUAGCAGUUCGAAAGCAUGUCAAAGUGCAAGUAGAUAAAUAGGUACCGCUCCGGCGGGAAGGUAAACAGCGUUUCCGUGCACUGCUCUGGUUCACCAGAAGUGGCUUAGUCAUGCUGGCCACAUGACCCGGAAGCUGUACGCCGGCUCCCUCGGCCAAUAAAGCAAGAUGAGCGCUGCAACCCCAGAGUCGGCCACGACUGGACCUAAUGGUCAGGGGUCCCUUUACCUUUACUUAGUGCUGAAAGGGACCAAAAGGGUCAUCUAGACCAACCCCCUGCAAUGCAGGAAUCUUUUAUGCCAAGUGAAUAAUAAUUGUGCGUUUUGUUGUAUUACACUUAUUUUUAAUAAAGGACCAGAAAAAAUAAAGUAAAAAUGCAACUAUAACAUGAAUCAUAAUAGGCCACUGAUACAAUUGAAAACAAAGUUGUUCUGUGAGCAUAGCAGCAGAUGUGUGAGCAUGAAACCCUGUGGCUACAGCUGAUAACUCUUCAGAUUAAAAAAAAUUAUGGUACCUGGGGGGCUCUAAUAAUAAUAAUAGUAAUAAUAAUAAUAAUAAUAAUAAUAAUAAUAAAAAAUAAUUUAUUUGUACCCCGCCCAUCCGGCUGGGUUUCCCCAGCCACUCUGGGCGGCUUCCAACAAAGAUUACAAAUACAUUAAAAUGUCACACAUUAAAAUCUUCCCUAAACUUCCCUGAUGAUGACAUCCAGGGACUCAGAUCUAUGGUGGAGCCAGGAAAUGAAACCCUGUCGUUUCAGGAAGGACUGUGCCAGAGUUCUGCCAUUUCUGGCACCGCCCCCUUUCUUUUCUGGCAACUAGCAAAAUCCCAGCCAGGCCUCUUUCUUCUGAUUGGUUGGCAGCCUUAUUUCUGAUGCCAGUCAAACUAAUGUUGCAAUCCUAUGCACACAGUGCAUAGUAAAAAUGUAUGGGAUUGAGGAUUGAGCCACUUUUAAAUUAAUGGUGGAAGUGAGUUGUUAAUCUGGUGAACCGGGUUCGCGUCUCCACUCCUCCACAUGCAGCUGCUGGGUGACCUUGGGCUAGUCACACUUCUCUGAGGUCUCUCAGCCCCACUCACCUCACAGAGUGUUUGUUGUGGGGGAGGAAGGGAAAGGAGAAUGUUAGCCGCUUUGAGACUCCUUCGGGUAGUGAUAAAGCGGGAUAUCAAAUCCAAACUCCUCCUCCUUCUGGUGGAGACAUGGCUGCAAAGGUUGCAAAAUAGAGAAAAUGAUAAAUAAUAAAUAGCUUUAUUAAAUAGAUAGCUUCAACUGGGCUGCACUGUGAUAUGCAGGAAAGUUCCAUUAAUCUGAAAAUAGUCAUGUAUAACAGCUUCUGUAUGCUGACAAAUGAAAAGCUUAUCUAUAUUUUUUCCCCCAUUGCUAGGUUCCCACAGGAAAAAAAUAACCAGAGCAAUGCACUUGUUUAUGAAACACUCUUCCUGAAAAGCAUAAUCAGUAACCCCACACUUCAUGUAAGGCUGAUGGCAUUCAAGAAAAAGAAAAUUCCUUGCAGAUAAAUGACUACUUGCACUUCAUUUAUGUCCUGAUUUUGACCAAUAUCGUGACUAAGUUAUACUCAGAGUAGAUUCACUGAAAGCAGUGGACUCAAGUUAGGAUUUUAUUUCAGUGAAUCUACUCUGAGAAUGACGUGGUUUGAAACUUUCCCUUCCACGAAACGUUGGCAUCAGUUGAAACAUCUUAUUAGAUAUAGACAUACUCUAUGCAAUUCUAUUUGCUUUCUUUCAAUAAAUUGAUCCCUUAGGCUGUGCUAAAAAUGAUUAAUCAGCUCAUCCUUCAAAAUUAGUUUUCCUUCACCUGAACAUAAAAAGAACCCUGAUGAAUCAAAACAAGUCCCAUCUAGCUGAGCAUCCUGUUAUCACAGUGGCCAACCAGAGGCCCAUGGGAAAUCCACAAGCCAACCCUGAGUGCAAUAGUGCUCUUUUCACUUGUGAUUCCCAGGAGGUGGUAUUUUUCAGGAGUAUAUUGCUUACAACACUGCAGGUGGUACACAGCCACCUUUGGCUAGUCGCCAAUAAUAGCCUUAUCCUUCAUUAAUUUAUCUAACCUCAUUUUCAAAGCCAUCCAAGUUUGUAAAGAUCACUACAUCUUGAGGAAUGAAUCUCGUAGCUGUUUAUUUGCAUGUUUAUUUCAUUGUCGGAAAUGUAUGUCACAAGUUAUGAAUAAGUUCUCUUUGUAGUUUUGGGAAUGACACCAUUUGUCCAUUUUUUAAAAAUAUAACCAUCAAUCUUCAAUUGCUUUUUUACAUUUCAGUCAUGCCCCCUUUAACAUGUGGCUCCUGAAGGGUUGACUAUGAGUCUGUGUGACUCGAUAGAUGAUGAUGAUGAUAGAUAGAUAGAUAGAUAGAUAGAUGAUAGAUAGAUAGAUAGAUAGAUAGAUAGAUAGAUAGAUAGAUGAUAGAUAGAUGAUAGAUAGAUAGAUAGAUAGAUAGAUAGAUAGAUAGAUAGAUAGAUAGAUGAUAGAUAGAUAUCACCAUGUUCUGCACAAAUUAAGAGCCAGUGUGGUGUAGUGGUUAAGUGCAGUAGACUCGUAAUCUGGUAAACCGGGUUCGCGUAUCCGCUCCUCCACAUGCAGCUGCUGGGUGACCUUGGGCUAGUCGCACUUCUUUAAAGUCUCUCAGCCCCACUCACCUCACAGAGUGUUUGUUGUGGGGGAGGAAGGUAAAGGAGAUUGUUAGCCGCUUUGAGACUCCUUCGGGUAAUGAUAAAGCGGGAUAUCAAAUCCAAACUCUUCUUCUUCUUCUUUUCUCUGAACAGCUGAGGUCAGGAAGAACCUGUUAUCAUAGGAAAAAGCUGAUUGUGCACAUUCCAAGCCACAUUCCAAACCACUGUGGGGAUGGUUUGGUUUAAAGAAACAAUCUUUGCAGAUUAUUUUGGUACUUGUGGUUAUCUUGAGAUUACCCCCAAGUGUACUUGUCCUUCUCUCUCGUGUAUCAGUGGUGCUGUUUGGGCUGCGUAAGCACAAGCUCCUGAAGUCUCCAAGUGAUAUUAGCACAUAUAGAUGACGUGGUACCAAUCGUUUACCAUGGAAGUAACCAACUGCUUUCCAUUCUUCUCCAGAUCAUUCUCAGUGGAUUCGCCAACAGCCUGUGGUCUGUUCGUGA